UGCUUUUCGGACAGGCAGCCCCGGAAGGUCCAGCUUGGCACACGCGGCCCCCGUUGCAGCCACCCAGGGCGAAGCUCGCUCCCAAGCAGGAUGAAGGCCGUCUUGCGCGCCCCCCAGCGGGUCCUGCAGCUCACUCUGGCCAUUGUCAAGCCUGACGCCGUGGCUCAUCCCCUCGUCCUGGAGGCUGUGCAUGAGACCAUCCUGAGCAACAGGUUCCUGAUUGUCCGAUGCAGGGACCUGGUGUGGAGCAAGCAGGACAGUCGGCAGUUCUACCGGGAGCACUCAGGGCGCUUUUUCUACCAGAGGCUGGUGGAGUUCAUGGCCAGCGGCCCGAUGCGGGCCUACAUCCUGGCCCAUGAGGAAGCCGUCCCGUUCUGGAGGUCUCUGAUGGGCCCCACCAAAGUGUUUCGCGCCCAGCAUACGGAUCCGGACUCCAUCCGUGGGGCUUAUGGCCUGACAGACACUCGGAAUUCGGUGCAUGGCUCAGACUCGGCGGCAUCAGCCAGGAGGGAGAUAGCCGUCUUCUUCCCGGACUUCUGCAAGGAGCACUGGUACCAGUACGAGGAGCCACACCUGCGCAGUGGGGCAGUCCGCUACGAUGCCAAGGCAGCUAUUCACCGCGUGCCCGGAGAUGGAUGGACGGAGAGGGAUUAAGGGCAUCUGGAGAAGAUGGGGAGGGUGGUGGACGUCCACCAGCCAGAAAUGUGCUCCUACAGAUUUUGGUCAUUUGCCGGGCACAGUAGGCUGCCGCUGAAAUCCUUUCAUUGCUGGUGCAGGUUGGGUCAGAACAUGCGUCUAUUGGGGUACGCAAGAAGGACAGCGUGCCAGUUUCUCUCAUCUGUCUGUGGCAGAGGAAGCGCUUCUGUGUGCGACCCCAGCCCUCCCAGCAGUGCUUCCACUGUGGGGCAGGAUUUGCACGGUCAGAAUUUAAUUUUGGAAAGAAGAGGUCCUGGAGCGGGAUAUCACCUGAAAGUACGUGUGAAAAGCCUUGACCAGAGCUCUCCUGGGUGGAGCGUGCACCCUUUCCUCCUCAGAUUUGUCGGGCGGAGGCCAGCAUCCUUUUUCAGUCUCAUUCCGUCUUGCUUGGACUUCUCACACACCCGGACAGACUGCAGGCGCCUCCUGGGGAGAUCCCAGGUGGGUGGGAUGUGCGGGUGAGUCUCCUGCCGGUGCUGAGCAGAGCCCUGCCAGGCGUCUCCAGGGUCUUUGAAGCCGCGCCUGUGUCUCUACAAACUAAAGUGGGAUCGGCCUUUGGUGACCAGUUUCCCCUGUGUGUGAGCGACUCUGACUUCUCUUUAAUGAACAUUUUGCUUUGUAAACUGUGGUCAUUGGAGGAGAGGAGGAGGAGGAGAUUGGGUUUCUA